AUGAAUUUAAACAAUCAAUUAUCAUUCUGGCAACAAGUGGAGGGGAAUGGAUCCGAUUCCAGCACAUGGAUAUGGGUUUCUUCUGCCACCUGGAUUUGUCACGAAGAGGAGGUCUUGAUAGAGCUUGCACCAAGUGAACCAUCAUUGGAAGUUCAGUUUGAAGCCAAUAGUUCAGUCAAGAAUGAAAAUAUUCUUAGCUUCCCCGAGAUCAUCAUCGACGAUCACGAUACCCAUCCGAACAAUGUGGAGGAGUCGAAGGAUCUUGCACAUGAAAGUGAAGAAGAGGCAGAGGAGAGUCCCAUUGAUUUUCAGGACGAUGCGAGCACAACCUCCUCUAUAAUAACUAAUCGAUCCCCGUCUCCAAUGGGCUUGAUUGAGGAGUUGGAAAUAGAUGCCGAUCACCUUUCUCCACAGUUAAGCGACUUCAUUCCAAGAAAUGUGGAUGGCGAAGAAUCCAAUUAAGUAUUUUGUGCUUCCUUGAGAAAUAAUUUUCUGAAAAGAAACCAGAAUAUUCAACGGCCAAUUUUGUAAUUACAGCUUAAUUGUUUCGAAUGGAAGACCCACUCAAAUUCUGUGGCGAAUGUUUGAAAAGCGUGGAAAGUUCAAUGCUAAAUGUUUGUACUGUGAUAAAGAUUACAAGACACCAAACCAGGCAACCACUACACUUUGGCAUCACCUCCGGAAAAAACACAUGGUUGAGAUGGCAAGGAUUGAAGGU